AUUCCUCCGCGCCGCGCUCCGCUCCCUCCGCCCCGCUCGCACUGUUUGGGAGCAACCGGCCGAGCCAGCGGCGCCCCGGCCCCGCCAGCGCAGCGAGGCCCCGCGGACCGGCCCUCGCCCAGCCCCGGCGCGCACCCCCGGCCCUCUCCCCUCUCGUCAUGUCCCUCAAGCAAGCGGCGGCGGCGGCGCAGGCCGCCGGCAACAACCGCAAGCCCCCCGGCGGCGGCGGCGGCCCCGGCCUCCCGUCAGCCGCGGGCGGCGGGAGGCAGAACAUGGGCAGAGGUCGCAGCAGUGGCAAAGGACCGCCUCAGCCUACAAUUUCUUUCGAUGGCAUCUAUGCAAACAUGAGAAUGGUUCACAUACUCACAUCAGUUGUUGGAUCCAAAUGUGAAGUACAGGUGAAAAAUGGUGGUAUAUAUGAAGGAGUUUUUAAAACAUACAGUCCUAAGUGUGAUUUAGUGCUUGAUGCUGCUCAUCGGAAAACUGCAGAAUCCAGUUUGGGGCCAAAACGUGAAGACAUACUAGAGAGUAUCUUGUUCAAGCCUUCGGAUUUUGUUAUGGUGCAUUUUAAGGAUAUGGAUACCAAUUAUGCGAGAAGAGAUGCUUUUACUGAUUCAGCCAUCAGUGCUAAAGUAAAUGGUGAACACAAGGAAAAGGAUCUUGAACCGUGGGAUGGAGGAGAGACCACCGCUACCGAGGAGCUUGAGGCAUUAGAGACAGACGUUUCUAAUGGAUGGGAUCCCAAUGACAUGUUUCGUUACAAUGAAGAAAAUUAUGGUGUAGUAUCAACUUAUGACAGCAGUUUAUCUUCUUAUACGGUGCCAUUAGAAAGAGAUAAUUCAGAAGAGUUUUUAAAACGGGAAGCCAGAGCAACUCAAUUAGCAGAGGAAAUUGAAUCAAGUGCCCAAUACAAAGCUCGGGUUGCCUUGGAAAAUGAUGAAAGGACAGAAGAAGAAAAAUAUACUGCUGUUCAGAGAAAUGCUAAUGAACGAGAAGGACAUGGUGUGAACACUAGAGAAAAUAAAUACAUUCCACCUGGACAGAGGAAUAGAGAUGUCCUGUCCUGGGGAAGUGGAAGACAAAACGCACCAAGGAUGGGCCAGUCUGGAUCAGGCCCACCAAUUUCAAGGUCUGGAUCCCACGCUUCAGAAUUCAGUCCUAACUCUGGAGCAGAUCAGAGAGUAGUUAACGGAGGUGUUCCCUGGCCAUCGCCUUGCCCAUCUCCUUCCUCUCGCCCACCUUCUCGCUACCAGUCAGGUCCCAACUCUCUUCCACCUCGGGCAGCCACCCCUACACGGCCGCCCUCCAGGCCCCCCUCGCGGCCCUCCAGGCCCCCGUCUCACCCCUCUGCUCAUGGUUCUCCAGCUCCUGUCUCUACUAUGCCUAAACGCAUGUCUUCAGAAGGGCCUCCACGGAUGUCUCCUAAGGCACAACGGCACCCUCGAGGUCACAGAGUCUCUACUGUUCCGAGAUUAUCCCCUAAAACACACAGGCCUAGGUCUCCAAGGCAGAGCAGCACUCCCACGGGACCAGCUCUGCCUUCUCCGCAGCCUGGUACUAUUCCCACUGAAUCUGUUGCCAUGCCUGUUCCAGCUGCCUCUCCUACUCCUGCCAGCCCUGCAUCCAACAGAGCAGUUACCCCUUCCAGCGAAGCUAAAGAUACUAGGCUUCAGGACCAGAGGCAAAAUUCUGCAACUGGAAACAAGGAGAAUAUAAAGCCAAGUGAGACUUCUCCUAGUUUUCCUAAACCUGAAAACAAAGGUGUAUCUCCAAUUGUUUCAGAACAUAGAAAACAGAUUGAUGAUUUAAAGAAAUUUAAGAAUGACUUUAGGUUACAGUCAAGUUCCUCUUCAGAUGCAGUGGAUCAGCUGCUAAACAAAACCCGAGAAGGUGAAAAAUCAAGAGAUGUAGUUAAAGAAAAGACAGAAUCAACCCCUAAAGAAUCUAUCAUAGAAACUGGCAGUAAUACUAACUCUAAUGGUGGCAGUAGCAAACCUAAUAGUCCAAGUAUUUCUCCUUCAAUAAGUAAUAGUUCUGAGCAAAAGCGAGGGCCUGAGGUAACUUCACAAGGUGUACAGACAUCUGGGCCUGGAAGUAAACAAGAUAAAGAGGAUAAAGAGGAGAAGAAAGAUACUUCCGAGCAAGUUAGAAAAUCAACACUUAAUCCUAACGCAAAGGAGUUCAACCCUCGUUCUUUUGCUCAACCGAAACCUUCUACUACACCAACCUCCCCUCGUCCGCAAGCUCAGCCUAGCCCCUCCAUGGUGGGUCAUCAGCAGCCAACCCCAGUGUACACUCAGCCUGUUUGUUUUGCACCAAAUAUGAUGUACCCAGUUCCAGUGAGUCCAGGCGUGCAGCCUUUGUAUCCUAUUCCCAUGACGCCCAUGCCAGUGAACCAAGCCAAGACAUAUAGAGCAGUACCAAAUAUGCCACAGCAACGGCAAGACCAACAUCAUCAGAGCACCAUGAUGCACCCUGCCUCAGCAGCAGGCCCUCCAAUUGUAGCUACACCACCUGCUUAUUCAACACAAUAUGUUGCGUAUAGUCCCCAACAGUUUCCUAAUCAGCCUCUUGUGCAGCAUGUGCCACACUACCAGUCUCAGCAUCCUCAUGUUUAUAGCCCUGUAAUACAGGGCAACGCUAGAAUGAUGGCACCACCAACACACGCACAGCCUGGUUUAGUAUCUUCUUCUGCAACACAGUAUGGUGCGCAUGAACAGACGCAUGCUAUGUAUGUUUCCACUGGCUCACUUGCUCAGCAGUAUGCCCACCCUAAUGCUACCCUGCAUCCGCAUCCUCCGCAUCCUCAGCCUUCUGCCACACCAACUGGCCAGCAGCAAAGCCAACAUGCUGGAAGCCACCCUGCUCCUAGCCCCGUGCAGCAUCAUCAGCACCAGGCUGCUCAGGCACUCCACCUGGCAAACCCACAACAGCAGUCGGCAAUUUACCACGCAGGUCUAGCUCCAACCCCACCUUCCAUGACGCCAGGCUCCAAUACGCAGUCUCCACAAAAUAGUUUUCCUACAGCACAACAAACAGUCUUCACCAUUCAUCCCUCCCAUGUUCAACCUGCAUAUACCAAUCCGCCACACAUGGCCCAUGUCCCCCAGGUAAACACAGUUUAACAACCUUCAAGACUAAAUGUCUUAAUGCCACAAAGUUAGGACAGUCGGGCCUGCUGAAGUGAUUUCCAUUCUGUCACCUCUCAGCACAGACUACCUGUUUUGUUAUUUAGGUUUCUGUCUGUACAUUGCCUUUAUUUAGAAUUUUACAAGAUUUUUGGACCUCAGCUUCCAACACCCAGUGCAUCUGCAACUAUAGUUUAAUGAAGACAUCUUAAGCUGGCACUGCUACUGAAAGAAAUUGAGCUCUCUUCCCAGUUCCCGGCUCCCAUUCUUGUCGUGCCCCACCAUUCUGCUCACAGAACUGUUUGGCCAUGCAGCAAACCAGACUGGGGACGUGAUUCAGCUGAAGUGUGCCUCCCCUACCCCUGUUUUAGGCUAUGUCUCAGUCAAAUCAGUUCACUGCUCGGGUUCACUGCAUGAUCACAGGGAGAGCUGGCAUACAGAAAGGUUGGAGGUGAGAGCUGUGUGGAGGAAGGCUGAAUUGCUGCUUUUGGUGGCAGUUUUAGGGUCUGCAUUGUAGUCAAAUUUAUACAAGUACAUCCAGUAAAGGAUAUUACACAGGGUUACUAGGGACUAGCAAGGCACUGCAGUGGGAGAUAGGUGAGAUUCAGUUCAGAUGACUGCAAGACAAUCCUGGCUGAAAGAGAAAGCUCCAUGUGUGUGUAUGUGUCUGUGUAUGGUUCUAAACGAACUGCUUAUGCAGAAGAUCCCCGGUGAUUGUUGGGCAACUUAACAACAGUCCUUCCCUCAGGAUCAGAAACCCACUUCUCUUAACUGCUCUUUUGUGGUCAGCUCACUGAAAAAAAGGAUUUGGGGAAGGGAAGCACAUGAUUGAUUAAUCAAGAGCUCUGCGUAAAGCAGUGUUAGAAAUGUUUACUAAAUCUCACGGAUUUAGUGUGCUUUGUGAAGGAACAGACAAUCGGUAAUUUCCCUGCACAAUUUCUUCUUCAAACCAAGGACUUCGUGUCUGGCUUAUGCCAUCUCAUCCAGGUUAACAAUAGUUUGGGAUAUCAUGACUAACUGUAAUUAGGGAGGUUAGUCUAAUAGGUGUCCACUCCCUUGCAGAGUUCUGAUAAAAUCUUUGCUUUGGUCCCUGGGACAGUCAGUUAAGCCACUGAAUUAAUAGUUAUUUAGGAAUUGUUUUACUGAUGUUGAGUUUUUGGCUUUUUAAUUCCGUUAGGCUUGUAAUUUCUCUGCUUUUGUACUGUGGGAGGAUAAGGAGAGGAUGUCCAAACUUGACGACUGCUGUGGCGUCUUGCCAUGUCCUCCCCAAGCUCUGGUUUCUGCCAGAAUCGAGAUCCUUGCUCCGCUCUGGUGUGAUGGCACUGGUGUGAAUGCCUAGUUUGUAGAGCUUCUUGGGGUUCCUCGCAGACAGCCCUUCAGAAGGGUCUUGCUUGGAAGCUCCUGGGUUAGCGGCAUGUUCGGUGCCGUGCCUUGAAACACGAAACGUGUUUGUCUCAAGGUCAGUUUAAAGGUAAAACCAUACGUGAACUGUGCUGUGCACGUCAUGGCCAGGCCCGUGCCUGAGCUGUAGGAUGCGACCAUUGCCUUCCUUUCUGUGUGCCAAGCACUUCGUAAGCAAACCUCGCUAAAGCAAAUCAGAUGCAACUUUGAGUCAGAACUGACUGCUCAGUCAGGAUUUUUUAGCAAUUGCAGGCAAAGUCUGCCUUACCCUUGAUUUUUGACUUACGCAGUGUCUUCUGCUGUAAUUAUUUUAGGAUGAAAACUACAAUCCAUAAUCCAUGGUAUUUAUACCAAACUAACUGACUUUUCAAAAUGAAGUAGUUCCCUCAAAAAUCUCUAAUGAAGGAAUAACUACAGUUCUGUAAGAAAAAUUAAAUGCAUGUAAUUAUUCCAUUGUGGGGAAACUAAUCACUAGAUUUAAUAGUUUCUUAGCAGCCUCAUUUCCAACUUCUGAACGCAGUUCUGAAAUACCGUGUAGUAGGAAUUUCAGUUAGGCUAACACAGCGGAUCAGUUGAAUUUCCCUUUAGGUUAUCAGAUGAAUCUCGAGCUUUUAGAUAUCUCACUUGAGAAACAGUACUUGAAAAUUCAUUACAGAGUACUGUCAGCUGCCAAUUUGCAAAGCAUUUGAGCCACAGCAGAAAUUUUUAUCCAAUGUGUGUAUGGAGUACAGCUGCUAUAUGAAUAGCUGCUUUAUAAUUAUGGCUGCUAUAAUAGCAUGUUUGUCAAAGUAAAAAUGGUGCUGAUCCUGAAAGGUAUUUCUGUUUCACAGCCUUAUCUUCUAAGCCUUUUUUAGAGCAAGAGUGAGAUUUGAAUUGCAGUUCCUGCCUUUAAAGGCUUCUUGAGUGCUACUAAUACAGUGCAAGUCUGAUAAAGACUUUGAGGAAUGUCUGUGAUGAGUCGAGUAACCCUUUUUUGUCUUUAAGAAAUAAAAUUGGAGCCACUAUCUGCUAUUUGUCUUUACUGGCAUGUGAAACUUGUGGGGCUGCAAUUAUUGCACCGUAGUGCUCUGUUAAUGGGAUAUGGUAGAAGGACAAAACAAAUCUUAGAUACAAAUGCCUUUUUUUUUUUUUUUCCAAGAGAAACCCACCGAGAGCUCUGAGAGUUCCUUAAUGUUUUGUGUUUUUAAGAAACUAGUGUUUACUAGCUUUUUAAACCAAAAAAUUGAUGACCUCUGGAGUCAUGAACCGCUCUGAGCUGAAGAAACCAACUGACAAGUUACUGAACUUGUUUGCCAGAAGGUGAUCAGCCAUCGUAAAGAUUAAUCUCCUUUUUCCGCUGAGACUUAACUAUAAUUACUUAGAUCACACAAGGACCUUAACUGUGAUGAGCUUAACUGAAAACAGAACAAAGCUGACCUAACAGAAUAAAGGGAUGAAAUCACUCAUCUUAGAAUGACUGUGUAGAUGAAGGAUAAUGUGGGCACAGGUCACCGGAGAGAGUGGUUUCUAGGGCAGGGAGCCACGAAAGAAUGUGGAGUUGUGUAAUGAGCAGCCGAAGAUGGGAAAGGGAUGCCAGGCUCUCGGCACGCCUGGAGUUCCUAUCUGUACGCAGUGCAUUCUCCGCAUAGGAAGUGCUUUGAUCUAGGUUACUAACAGUCGUGUUUUGAAGAUUUGUUGCUGAGGUGGUGUUUUUUUGGUUGGUGUUGGUUUUUUUUUUUUUUUUUAAAUAUCCCACUGUUUAAUGCUGGCAGUUUCUCCCAGCGCUCACUGUCCAAAUGGCUAAAAUUGAGAAUGUGACUCAGAGCCAGCAGUAAGGAUUUGAGCCCUUUUUUUCUUUAUUUUUUCUUUUUGUGUUAUUAUUUUUGUGUUGAGAUCUCUGACUUAAUCCCUAUAGCUAAUCUAGUUAAAAGGGAGUAAAUCUCUGGAUUUACUGGUACAGCUGGAGAAAACUUGCCAGUCAUGUGGCCAGGAGUGAUGCCUCCUUGUGACCAUUAUACUAAAGAGCUCUUUGUUUCAGGCUCAUGUACAGUCAGGAAUGGUUCCUUCUCACCCAACUGCCCAUGCUCCAAUGAUGCUAAUGACGACACAGCCACCUGGUGGUCCCCAAGCCGCCAUCGCUCAAAGUGCACUACAGCCCAUUCCAGUCUCGACAACAACACAUUUCCCCUAUAUGACGCACCCUUCAGGUGAGGAGUGUGUGCCCGGGAGACCUGCACCUUAACUGAGCCAGGUCGUAGUAGUGAGGAGAACUGUUAUGAACCAGAUUUGGGGAAAAAGAAUUAAAAAACAAAACAAAACAAAAAACCGAAAACAAACCUUAAGAUGUCCUCGUAGAGUGGCAGGCUGCUGAAGGCAGACUGUUUCUGCGUUUCGCAUUUAUGCUUUGCCAGCCCGAAUGCGAGCCUAGAUAAGUGUAGGAGAUGUAGCUAAUUUAGCAAAGACUUUGCUUCUCUAGCUCAAGUAGAGAAACGGAUAACCGUGCAGGCACUGGCACUGUGGGACUCUGUUCUUCCAGGUUUUGCCGUGGUUUUGCCGUGGGGGAUGGACUGUGUAGCCUGUUUAUAAUGAUCUGGGGGUUUAUUAAAUUUAAAGCGAUCGGUCUUGAGGAUAGGAGUGAAAAUGUUGCUUGGGGGGUAGGGCUGUUAGACUUCUAAUGACUGAAGUAAAGUGACAGCUGAAGUCUAAUCUUUAAUUCAGAGUAACAUUCUGCAGCUUUACUUUUGGGGAAAAGUAGGUGCUGUAUGACUUCUUUCUGCUUUAAAUUUAACCUUAUCUAGGUUUCUUUGUUAUUCGUUUCCAAACAGCCUCUAAACUUUCGUAGCGAACUAGAUACCUGAUUUUGUUUCUUGGGGAAUGUGUGAGCAGAACAAGGCUGCUUGCUGAGGGUUUAGGUAGGGAAAAAAACAUCCAAAGGACAUCUUGAUAUGCAGGGUUUUGUUUUGUUCAUUAAAAAAAAAAAGAAAAAAAAAAAAAAGGAAAGAAAGAGAAAAAGAAAAAAAAAAAAAAAGAAAAAGUUCAGCUCGGUAGUUGUCCUGUGACCACUUUACUAGCAAACUGUUGUGUGGCUUGCCAAUUUAUUAUUUACAUUUGAACUUUUUUUUUACAGUACAAGCCCACCACCAACAGCAGUUGUAAGGCUCAUCUGGAAUAACUGAAAGGCUGGAUACCUUUUGUAGGCCAAAUACCCUCCUUCUACUGCUUCUGCCAACUGGAAGCACAGAAAACUAGAAUUUCAUUUUAUUUUGUUUAAAAAAAAAAAAUUGAUUUCUUGUAACAUCCACUAGGAAUGCUAACAGUUCAUCUUGCAGUGGGAGAGAUUCGGACUGAGUAGAGGCAUUUAGGAACUUGUGGGCUAUUCCAUAAUUCCAUGCACUGUAUCUGAGUCCUGCAAGUGCCCCAACUCUGCUUGCUGAAAACUGGAAGUUAUUUAUUUUUUAAUGACCCUUCAAAGUUAUGAA